AUGGGGAACUGGACUCAAGCCCCCAACUCAGACUUCAUCCUGGUAGGACUCCUCAACAACAAGGGCAGACUCUCCACCAUCCUCUCCACCCUGAUUAGCAUCACCUUCUUCGUGGCUCUGACUGGAAAUUCCACCAUGAUGGUCCUCAUCCACAUCGCCCCCGAGCUCCACACCCCCAUGUACUUCCUGCUCAGUCACCUCUCCCUCAUGGACGCCAUGUACAUCUGCACAACUGUACCUAAGAUGAUGGUAGACCAGUUGACCGGGCAGAAGACCAUUUCCUUCUUGGGUUGUACGGCUCAGAUCUUCCUGUACCUGACCCUGCUGGGAGCCGAAUGCUUCCUCCUGGGCAUUAUGGCCUACGACCGAUACGUUGCCAUCAGCCACCCUCUGCGCUACCCGGUCCUCAUGAGCCUUAGAAGGUGUGUCCAGAUGGCGGCAGGUUCCUGGCUCUUGGGAGCCACAGAUGGCUUCAUGAUCACCCCCAUAGCCAUGAGCUUCCCCUACUGUGGGUCAAGAGUCAUCAACAGCUUCUUCUGCGAGGUCCCUGCCCUGCUGAAGCUCUCGUGCAUUGACACUUCGGUCUACGAGACGGUGAUGUAUGUCUGCUGCAUCUUGAUGCUCUUGGGGCCGUUCACCCUCAUCGCCUUCUCUUACAGCCAGAUCGCGGCCAUCGUGGCGGGCAUGCGCUCGGCUCAUGCCCGGAAGAAGGCCUUGGCCACCUGCUCUUCCCACCUGAUCGUGGUCAGCCUCUUCUAUGGGGCGACCAUCUUCACCUACAUGCUCCCCAAUUCCUACCACAUUCCCGGGCAGGAUAGGGUGGUGCCUGUCUUCUACACCAUCCUCACGCCUGCACUAAACCCUGUGAUCUACGGCCUCCGCAAUAAACAAGUGACGGGGGCUCUUUGGAAGAUAUUGCAGAGAUGCACUUCUAUACAGAGAAUGUGA